AUGCCUCCUCAUGCUAUUGCUAGUCCCAAGAUGAAGAAGUCAAAGCACAAAGGCUCAGAUGCUUCUGGCAGGGCAGGUUUGCCAAAGAAGUCUCACAAAGCUGCAGAGUUCACCGAAGCACCCAGCAUGCCACUUGUUUCUCUUGGUCUGUCUAAAGCAGUAGCUGAGGACAGUGCUCCACAACAUUCUGGCCGUCCAAAUACAGGGACCAGAGGUAGGAACCAUCAGAUGCAAAAAAUUGGUGCAGUCCUUAAGUCUCAGUCUCAAGGCCAUCCUCCCAAGGGCUCCACAUCUCUCACUUCCAAUAUCCCAGUGAACCCUCAGGGUCCAGAACCAGCUCAUAGGGGCCAGAAGGGUCAUUCUAAGGUUGUCCCUCCACCUUAUAGUUCACUUGCAAUUACCAAUAGUCCUGCCUUGAGUAUCAACAACACAAAUCCCAUUUUCUCAAUGCAGCCACCUGGUAGAAGUCUUGAAGAGACUAAUAAUCCUUAUGUUGCUAUUGGUGUGAAGGUUGCCAAGAAGUGCACUGCAAAAAUGGCCAGUGAUCAAACCUCAUCCAAUGUUGUACCACUGCUGCACACCACCUUUAUGAGGCAACACCUGGAUCCAGCCCUAUUUGAGGAGGACAACAGUGUUAGGCCUCAAUCUGUACUCAACAUUGAGGAUGAGGAAGAGGAUGAUGACAAUUCUGGAUCCCUCAGCAGGCUGUGUUGGAAAAGCUUCCUUGAACAUACCAAAGGAGAAUGUCAUGUGGAACAUGCACUUGAGGACCCAUUCCUGACUUCCAUUAAUGAUCUUGCAGGGUCUAUAACUGAAGUUCUCAUUGCAACUUUAGUUGCUUGGGACAGGGAAGGAAAGCAAUUCAAAGCUGGAAUUUGGCCAGAGCAGAAGUGUAGUAUGGCUCAGUUGAACUGCUAUAAGCUUAUCCCUGCUCAAGAACAUGCAACAUGGAUUGAAGGUGCCACUUCACAGUUACUUGCUAGAUCUGAGUUCUUACAGUUUGGAUUAGAUGCAUUGGGCAAAACAAGGAACUUCACUCAUAUUGCUCUUCAUGAUGUGUCUACUGCAUUCUUUUACAUGGGGCCAUAUCAAAUUGCACAGAAGAGACCAGACAUAUUUCACAAACAAUUGCCCAUCUCAUGCUUGGCUCUGGUUUCCACCAUGUACAAUUGUGUCCUUGACAGCCUUGCUAAAAAUGGUCAUGGCAAAUCUUAUCCCAAGUUCUCUGCCAAGGAAUACAGCCCAAUAUACUGCCAGAUGCUCAGAAUGAUCAAAAAAAUUCCUCAACAUCCAUAUCACAGUCCCAUGGCCACAAGUCUGGAGCUCAAUGGCACUGAGGAGACCAGACAUAACCACCUACAGAUUGUCCUCAACUGA